AUGUCUAAAUUGCAAAAAAUGUGCGAUUGUGGCUACGACAUUCGUAGUAUAUGGGAAUGCGAGUUUGACGAGGUGAAAUUGAGAAACCAAGAGAUCGCCUCCUACGUGAAAAAUAAUCCUCUAAUGAGUCGAAUAACUUUAAAUCCGCGAGAUGCAUUUUUUGGAGGGCGAACAGAAAACAUAAUACCUUUUUACAAAGUCAAAGACGGCGAGAAAAUCAAAUAUACAGACAUUUGUUCGCUGUACCCGUACAUCUGUAAGCGUGGAAAAUUCCCAAUCGCUCAUCCGCGUAUUUUCGUAGGUGAAGAGUGUCGCGAAUUGAUUGGCGAUGAUUACAACAAUCUUGACGGUGUCGAGGGCUUGGUCAAGUGCAGAGUUUUACCGCCGCGAAAUUUGUAUAUGCCGCUGCUGCCUGUUAAAAUGCACGGUCGCCUCCUCUUUGCGCUAUGUCACUCUUGUUGCGCCGAGGCGCGCACCGAAGAUUGUCAUCACGAGCAAAUAGCGGAUCGUGAGUUUACCGGUACUUGGGUGGCGGACGAGCUGCGCAAAGCCGUUGAGCUCGGUUAUCGCAUAAGCGAGAUAUACAUCAUUUGGCAGUACGACACGAUGCGCUUCGAUGGUACGAAAGGUGGGCUCUUUGCGCAGUAUGUAAAUCUAUUUUUGAAGAUAAAACAAGAAGCCUCCGACUGGCCCAGCUGGUGUAUCAACGAAAAUGCGAAAGCGCGGUAUUUAGCCGAGUACGAGCGCGAUGAGGGUAUCGUUCUAGAUCGUGAAAAAAUUAAGAAAAAUCCUGGAUUACGGGCUGUUGUCAAACUUUGUUUAAAUAGCUUAUGGAGUAAAUUCGGUCAGCGCACAAAUAUGAAACAAACCACCGUUGUCAAAUCACGCAAAAAUUUGUUGAAUCUUUUAUUUACUACCGAUAAGGAGGUUUUCGACAUCUUACCUAUCAAUGAUGAUAUUCUGUAUGUAAAUUGGCAAUUCAGAGAAGAAGCUAUAACAUCGAAACUCUAUACGAAUGUCGUCAUAGCAGCGUACAUAAUGGCGCAGGCACGCCUUGAACUGUAUGGUUACUUGGAAAAACUCGGAUCGCGCCUACUAUACUGCGAUACAGACUCGUGCAUUUUUGUGAAAAAUGAAAACGACCCGGCCGAAUAUGAGUCGCCAAUAGGUAAUCUCUUAGGUACUAUGACGGAUGAGUUAAGACGUUAUGGCAUAAAUUUUGACAGCAUAAAAUCUCUAAUUGACGAUGAAUUUGGUGAAAAUGCCGACAAAAGCGACAACGACACCGUCAAGGACAAGCGUACAAUUAAGAACGCCCUCUGUCACGCCAACGCAAAGCAGCGCGAUGCCUUGAUACGGACCGCUGAUAAACAGCUCAUCAAGUGUAUCUGCGAGUGCGCGCUCAACGUCUUACACGGAACAGUCGAGAUAAAGGAGUGCGAAAAACAUCGUCUAAAAAGCACAAACGCGUCUUGA